AAAACAAGCGCCGACAGCUCAGCUAGCUAACGUUCAAUGCAGCUAACAGGUAAAUAAGAAAACAUUCGUUUGGGGCUUGGCAUGGCGGAGGGUAGCGGCAAUGCAAACGUCGGUCCGGCUAAUCUUCCUCCGGGAGACCCGCAGCUCAUCGGUAUGAUUGUGGAGCAUCUGAAGAACCGGGGACUGUUUGACGAGUUCCGUCGGGACUGUUUGGCCGACGUUGAUACCAAGCCUGCCUAUCAGAACCUGCGGCAGAAAGUAGACAACUAUGUCACGUCGCACCUGAGCACACAGGACUGGAACCCGACUAUCAACAAGAACCAGAUGAGGAACGGACUGAGGCAAAGUGUCGUUCAAUCAGGCAUGCUGGAGUCCGGUGUGGACAGGAUCAUAACUCAGGUCGUGGACCCUAAGAUGAACCACACUUUCCGACCGCACAUAGAGACCGCCAUCCACGAUUUCCUUUCAGGGGACAGAAAGGAGGAGAGCAGCUCCAGUUCUAAUUCUGCACCACCUGAACAGACAGAAUCGCAAGAGACUCCAUCGGCUUCAGGCCCCAAAACCCCAUGUAUGUCGGUGAACUGUGCGUUUCUGGUGUUUUUCCUGCUGCUGGGCUGCCAUCAGGUGCUCUGCGUGGACCCGCAUGAUGUCCAGGAGAAACAAGUGAGCCAAGUCAAAAGACGUCUGUCCUUGCAGAGCGCAGCGGAGAUUCAGAGCUGUCUGGUGAGUUCAGGGGACGUCGGCUGCGGGAUGUUCCAGUGUUUCAGCAACAACUCCUGCGACAUCCAGGGCCUGCACCACAUUUGCCUCACUCUGCUGCACAACGCUGGGCGCUACGACUCACAGGGUAAAUCCUUUGUGAAGGAUGCACUGAGAUGCAUGUCGCUGGGACUUCGGCAGCGAUUCAGCUGUGUGAGCCGGCGCUGCUCAGCGGUGAAGGAAAUGGUGUUCUCGCUGCAGAGAGAGUGUUACUCCAAACACCAGCUCUGCCUGGCGCUGCAGGACCACAUGGACACCAUGGGGAACCUGGUCCAGUUCCACCUGAUGUUUCCUCCAGGGCCGUACGUGGAACUGAUGAACUUCCUGCUCAAGUGUGGAGACAAUGUGAGGACGUGGGUCGGACGGCGGCUGCGCGGUCAGUGCGAGCAGCACUGGGGAGCGCUGUGCGGCAGUUUCGGCAGCAUCUGCCCUCUCAGCCAAUCUCUGCAGCCCACCACUGUCCCGCCGCCCACCGAGCCCUGGCCUACCACUGCUCAGCAGCCGACCAGAGGAGCUGAACCAGAGGACGGGAGCAGGCAGAUCGACAACGCGACCGAACCUGGUCUCCGUUUGCCUGAGAAAUCCAACGUUACUGCUUCUUAGACAAAAAAAAGGGGUCACACAGAGGUGCAGACAGGGUACACAAAGAUCAUGCACUUAUUACUAUUAUACUAGCAGUAGAAUGAGUAAAAGUAGUGGUAGUAGUAGUAGUAUUCAGUGUGGUAUUGCUGAUGAAAGCAGUGCAGCAUAACUUAUUCAAUUUGUUGGAUAUUUGUGUUCGAAAUAUUAAUAUUUUUCCUAACUUUUGACUUUGUAUAAGGAUGAAAAACCAAUUAUCUACCUCACUUCAACAUGACAGUAAACCACAGUGGCUCCGUUCUUCAGCAGCAGGAAGGGACACACACCAGUCAACACUACAGGGAAUUUGUAGCUCGAGUGCAGCUGAUGGCUCCAAGUCAGAAUUCUUCCUAUUUAAGUCUGUUUUUGUAUUUAUGAGGAUUGUUAUAUUGUGCACAGUAUAGCAGACACACUAUCAGGUGCUACGUUGUGGACAGUCGAGGUGCGGUCUGCAGGAAGGGGAAGCACUCUUUGGUCGUGUUAUAAAUAUGUAUUUUUAAUGUUCUACUUGAACGAUCACAUUUCAUACAGACCCCAGGUUUCAAGCGAUAUUUUGUAAGUUUUUAUUUUAUUUUAUUUAAAUGAAUCUUUAAAACUCAGUUGUAAGCAAUUUUAAUUGAAAUUAAUUAAACUACAAUGAAGUCGCUGGA